UUUUAUUUAUAAUGGAAGAAUAAUUAUAAUAACUUAGAGAAAGGAAGGAGAUUUUGAAUAAAUAAAAGAAUGCUUUAGAAGAGGAGUUAAAAUAAUUGUUGAGUUAUUUGGAAUAAAGUUCAAAGAAAUUGAGUGAGGCCUACAAUGUAAAAUGUAAGAGCAUAGAAUUUGAGAUAAAAAAAAAAGAAAUAUAGAAAUAGAUGGAUAAAUAAAGUUAAGAAAUAGUAAAGAAUUAAUAAUAUUGUAUUGAUUAAUAACGUGUAUAUAAAGAGAGGGCAGAUUGGAUAGAUAAAUUUAAUGAUAAAUUAAAGGAAGAUUUUAAAUCAUGUUAAAAGAAAGAGUGAGUAUAUUAUUGUAUAUGUUAAGGGAAACUAUAAUGAUUAGAAGUACUGUGGCAAAAGGAAUAAAAAGAUUGUUUUUAUUGUAAUUAUGUACGAUUUUCUUUGACAAGGAGAACUAAAGAUUAUUAUGGGGAUUGCAUAAAAUAAAUUUAUUGAAUGAUGGUCAAUAAAUCAUAUCAAGUUAAGAAGAAGAUUAAUUAGCAACUGCGUUAGGAUAUUUGGGAUUGUUGUUGUAAUAAAUCGCAAAAAUUAAGGGAAUAAUAUUAAAACAUGAUUUCAAAUUCAAAGGAAGUAAAAGCUAUAUUCAAUAAUAAAAUGAGUAUAUAAUUCAACAUUCUAUAUUUUAGUAUUCUAUAUUUAUAUAGUUAAAAACCUUCAAAUUUAAAAAUAUUGAAAUAGAGUUAAGGAUUAUUAAUAUAAAAUCUAUAUAUGAUAAUGGAAGAGUUGGAAGUGUAGAAAUAAUGGAGAAUGUAAACUUUGCCAAUCAUAGUAAGUAAAAUUGGUGAGAUGAUGUGGGUAGAUGCUUGA